CCUCGCGCUCCCUCUCCCCGAACCCUUGCUUACGCGCCGCCCUCCCAACCUUCUGUUGUCUGCGCCGCACCGCCCUCGCUCCCUCCCUCCGCUGCUUGCGCCGCCGCCGCCGCCCUCUUCUCUCGGCGCAGUAGCGCACCGCCGGUCCGCCACCCGCCCUCCGUCCCUCGCUCCCUCUGUUCCACUCUUGUAGGUUUUGUGAUUUUGUUAUGGACGACAAGAGUAAAGUCAAGAAGGAAGUAAAUGCCCCCCUUGGACCUCCUCCUCCAAAGAGAGGACUAAAAUUUGCACCCAAAGUACCCGUGAAGAAAGCCGCUAAGCUUGUCCCGAAAAAGGAACCAGUUGAGGAUAGCAAGGAUGAAACCAUCAAUAAGGAAUUGUUGAUGAAACUUAAGGCAUCACAGAUUACAGAUCCCUUUGCAAGAAGAAUUAAAACUGAGGAAAAACCAAAAAGCCGAACACAAGUUGCAUUUGGACAAGGAAAUUCUUCUUAUGCAAGAUCUUUUCUUAUACCAAAAAGUUCUUCAGAUGAAGCAAAGUUACCAAAAGAAUAUGCAGAGCCUUGGGUGAGGAAAGAUCAGAUUACUAAUGAGGAUUGUUUCCUAUUCAGAUCUUAUCCAUUGGUUUCCUUUUUUUUAUUACAGGACUAUACCCAUACUGAUUAUCCUGUUUCUCUCCCACUGAGGAGGCCCUACUCUGGAAAUCCUGAAAUUCUUGACGAGGAAGAAUUUGGAGAAUCUUCUGCCAGCAGAGCUCAAGAUGCUGAAUUAACCGCAGCAGAAGAGCUUGGGUUAAUGGAUCGGUCAGAUGAAUCACAGUUGCUUUUGGUCCAGUUGCCAUGCUCUCUCCCUUUACCAAUGCAGCCACAAUCAGUUUCUGAGCCUAAUAAAGGCUCUAAGGAGACACGUGAGGGCAUGAAACUCAAGGAGCUUCCUGCAGGUUAUAUGGGGAAGAUACUUGUAUAUAGGAGUGGUAAAGUGAAAAUGAAGAUCGGGGACAUACUCUUUGAUGUUUCUUCUGGCUCAGAUUGCAAGUUUGUCCAGGAAGUUGCAGCAAUUAACACCAGAGAAAAGCAUUGCUGCACGGUGGGGGAGAUCAGCAAGCGCGCUGUUAUCACCCCCAAUAUUGGAUGUCUGUUGGGUUCUGCUAACAAGAUGGAAGAGUAGUUCAUUCAUUUCUUUUGCGAUAACCAUGGCCAUAUCCCGUAUGCCACAUCGCAAGGGAGUUUUGUUUCUUCAAGAUAACAACUUGAGAGUUUACCAUCCAGAGUUUAGAUCUAGGAGAAAAGAGUCUCAGGAGAUAACAAUUUUGAUGUUAAACAAAAAAAAAUUGAAAAAACAAUAAGGAGCCAGAUACGAGGUCUCAGAACAAAGGAGCCAGUCGCAAAUACAGUGCUGAGCUGAGGGGUAAGAAACUUUUAUGGAUCAAAGGUAUCUGCCCGGCUUUAUUGAAAGCGUAUGCAUGACCUCAAGUUGGGGACCCCAGCUGACAUAAGCGCUUUCUGUCUA